AUGGCUUGCAGGACUUCUCAAGACCUGAAAGUAGAUCAGGAACUAGUGAUUGAUGAAAUAACUUGGCGACAAUUCUUGAACAACGCGCUUAAAAAAUCUCAUGGAGUAUUUGGAGAAGGCUGCGAGUACUAUUUAGUCCAUCAACACAAGCACUUGGCAUACGUCAAGGUUUUCUGGAAAGAUACUGAUAUCUUCUCCUCAGCUUUGUCAACAUUCAUUUCCACCAGUGAAUUAGUAGGCGUACCAAUGAUCCUACUGAUACGCCAAAUUACUAGAGCCGUUCGUGAACUAGAGGUAGAGGAAGAUGAUCGGCUCUGGCACAAGAGGGCCAUCUCUGAAGACUGCGAAGACGAGGUACCGGCUUGA